AAAGUCGACUUCGAAAUGCCAUUACCAUUCCUUUUACUACAUUGUAAGGAUCAAGCAGAAAAGCUGAAAACUGGCGAAGAAAGUACAUCAAAACUAUCGUAUGAAGAUAGAAUUAAAGCUGAGAAUGAUCAUUUUGAUGAACCAAAAUCUGUAUAUCCUAACAAACGAAAAAGGGAAUGCAUUAUCCAAGAAUGUAAUAUGCCUAUCAAGAACCCUAAACGAAUAGAUUGUUGCAAGAUGCAUACUCACUUGAACUCACAUCGCACCGAAGAAAUCCACAACGUGUCCGUCACUUUUCGCAAUGUUGAGUUAAUCUGUAGUCUACUUGGAAGCUGGUAA